CCAACAAGGAAGACGAAGACACAGACACUGUCGUUUCCUGGAUUCUUGCUGGCCUGGAGGCAUGGGCUCAUCAACUGCCAGAACUGCCAGCGAUGCAGCUUUAGCCUCAUAUACUCUCCUACCUCCAAGGGAUGUAGGCCUCCGCUUCUAGAUGCAAGUCAACUAGCAGCCUGUCAAGCUCCAAAUGGAACUCGACGUUGGCGGCGGAGGCCAAGUUGAUGCUUGGGAACAACCCAAGGCUGAACCGAGGCUCAUUUGGAUUCAGAUAAUAACCGGGCUGGUUCAAUUCUAUUGCGUUUUAUGCCACUGUGUCUUCCUCAUGGUUGUCGUCCUUUGGAUGUUCCUCAAAGAGAUCUUUCGAAGAUCCUGCGCACUAUGGCAGUCGGCCUACGCCAAGCUCAAGCACCACCACCCAGAAAUUACCCUCGAAGUAUUUCUGCCAGCAUGGCUCACAGGCACUGCAGUCUUUCAACGACUAUUACUAGCAGAGCCUGAACCUGAGCCGGUAGAAGUUAUUGAAUGUCAAUGGAAGCCAAUUAAAGUCGCCAAGUCAGCCAUUUCAAAAGAAGAGCCGGAGCAGAAGGAAGACAUUGUCGAUUCUUCAUCCGAUGUACCACCUCCUACACAUGAAGACCCAACGUCGGAGGACAUUGAAACUUCUGAGCCCACAGUGACAUCUGAAAGUCCUGUUGAAAAUCCUUCUAAUGAAACGAAUGACCAGGGUAGCAUGGCAUCCGUUCUGACUGUUGAGGCAAUACAACCAGCAACUAAGAGGAUGCCAUGCAGCAUCAGCGCAGUAGUUGAGGACAAGUAUGCCAGAGGCAUUGACACGUCCACAUCGUCAUCAACUGUAUCACUUGACGCUAUCGACGACAGCAGUGAAGAGGAAGAAGCUGACGUAUUUGAGGAGAGCAGCAGGUCUAGCGAGGGCAACACAAAGUCCUCGGGUAAGUCAAGUGCUAAGUCCAGUGCCAAGUCAACUGAAAACUCAGCUUCCCCAAACUCUUGGAAACUGGGUUUUAACUUCCAGAAAGGUUCAAAGCAGAACCAGGAGAAGAAAUCGAAGACAAAAAAGAAAUCAAUGAGAGGAGCACCAUCAGAGAAGAAAUUUUCGCUCGCACCAGUUAUUAGUCAUAUCAGAAGGGCAUGCUGUCGUACACUCAACGCCAUUAACAGAGAGCUAACGGAAUGCAUGUCCCCGCAGUCGGACAAAGGACAGAAGAAGCACAAGUCUCCAACGCUGUCAAAGAAAGCAGAUGGAAAAGAGGACACCAACGAAAAGUUUCGACAGGUUUUACAAGAUCUUUCUGUGCCGGACGUACGGGAAUCUGUACAGUCCUCCUGGAACGACGGGUCAUCCAGUGGAGGAACACGGGCCAUACCUUCUUCACUGUCCGGAUCCAUGGGCGAAAUGCAGAGGGGACUCUUAGAUUCCUUCUCGGAAGGUGGGUCCGGCGAAUUCGGGCAGAGGCACAGCGAGUCACGGCAGAAGUCUUCUCCGUCUUUUGAUGCAGACCUGAUGGAAUCUUUUACACAGCCGAGCGUUGACAAUGAACAUGGUUGGGGUGACGGAUCAGUAGCCAAAGAGUUCUUCGUGGAGACAGAAAGAGUGGAUAGUGGUGGGCAGUCAUUUGAGGACGUGUUCAAAUCGAGUAACAACCCAGCGUGGGACUUCUGAUUUUGUUUUAUACCAACUUUGUGUAUAUGUGUACAGAGCUGCCUGUCGUGUUCACCGGUACAGCUUUCUUUUAUCUCGUUAGUGUAGUCCUUUUGACAUCGCAGGAUUUUUGCAUUUGUUUUCUGCUAACGCUAUUUUGCAGAAUGAAUAAAGACGUGUACCGGCAAGGAA